AUGACGAGGCGGACCCUCGGCGAAGAACAUCCUUCCACCGUAUCCGCUACGAAUAAUCCCGCAAAUACGUUUGAACAUCAGGGGCAGAUCAAUGGAGCAGUGGCAACGGCAGCGGCACGCACGAACAAGAUCUUGUCAGUGAACCCUGUGAAGAGAGAUACGGCCUCCAGUCGGCCCAGGGGAGGAGAGAAGCUGUCACUCAACCAAGAGCAAAAAAGGAUGUUAUUGGAUUCCUUGAGAUUCGACCAAAUCGAUGCGCGCCAAAUGACCAUCAAGAAUGCCCACGCCAAGACAUGUAAAUGGCUGGUAAAAAGUCCCGAAUACGUCAACUGGCUCGAUGCCGCUAAGCUGGACAAGCACCACGGCUUCUUGUGGAUUAAAGGGAAGCCUGGAACAGGAAAGUCAACAUUGAUCAAAUUUGCCCUUGCCAAUACCCGCAAGAUGAUGAAGGAUAGGAUUAUGAUCUCAUUCUUCUUCAAUGCGUUAGGCGAAGGUCUGGAGAAGUCAACAGUUGGAACAUAUCAGUCGCUCUUACUGCAACUCCUCGAACGAAUUCCAGCGCUUCAGUGCGUCUUUGACUUGCUUGACCUCUCAAAGUCAAGCACCAGCGAACACCAAUGGAGCGUCGAAUCAUUGAAAACCCUGUUUGAGCAAGCCAUACAAAGUCUGGGAGAGUCCUCUGUGGUAUGUUUUAUCGACGCCUUAGAUGAAUGUGAGGAACGUCAGAUCCGGGACAUGCUAUCAUUUUUGGAACAUGUUAGCGAGCUCGCCAUAUCAGCCGGUAUCGAAUUCCGAGUCUGCUUUUCAAGCAGACACUAUCCGCAUAUUACAAUCCGGAAAAGCUUGGAUCUAGUGCUGGAAGGACAAGAAGGACAUAGUCAGGAUAUAAUCAACUACCUGGAUAGCGAGUUGAAGAUUGGACAUAGUAAGGCCGCUGAGCAAGUCCGAACAGAACUUCAAGAGAAAGCGUCGGGGAUUUUCAUGUGGGUUAUUCUCGUGGUAGGGAUACUGAAUAAAGAAUACGACAUUGGCCGCAUACAUGCGCUUCGGCGAAGACUCGAUGAGAUUCCUAGCGACCUCCACGAGCUGUUCCACGAUAUUCUGACACGCGACUCCAACAAUAGAGACGAGCUGGUUUUAUGUGUUCAGUGGGUUCUCUUCUCGACGCAACCGUUAAGUCCAGAGCAGUUAUACUUUGCUAUUCUUUCUGGAGUUGAGCCCGAGACCCUAUCAAGGUGGGAUCAUGAAGAGAUCACAAGAGACGUUAUUGAAAGAUUCAUCCUCAAUUCCUCUAAAGGACUCGCCGAAAUCACGAAAUCGAAAAGUCAGAAAGUCCGGUUCAUUCAUGAAUCAAUAAAGGACUUUCUCCUAAAAGAAAACGGGCUUGGAAACAUUUGGCCUGCGCUUGGAAUAAAUUUCCAAGGUCAAAGUCAUGAGCAGUUGAAGAAGUGCUGCCUCAACUACAUGGACAUCGACGCUUUCACCCUCCUGAAGCUCCCCGAGAGUCUUCCAAAAGCUUCAUCGCGGGAAGCUGUAGACUACCGCCAAUCUGCUGCUAGUGAAUUCCCCUUCCUGGAUUAUGCCGUACGCAAUGUGCUAUACCAUGCAGAUGUGGCAGCAGGAAGUGGUAUCGCUCAAAAAGGUUUCAUUCAAACCUUCCGGCUAGCCGAUUGGAUCAAGCUCGACAAUCUAUUCAAAAAAAACGAAGUACGCAGGCAUACACAAGAGGUGAGUCUUUUGUAUGUCUUGGCGGAAGGGAACAUGUCAAACCUCAUCAAAGUUCAUCCAUCUAUCCUAUCGUGGCUUGAAGUGGGAAACGAGCGUUACGGUCCUCCCUUGUUCGCAGCCCUUGCGACCGGGAGUGAAGAAGCCGUAAUAACGUUUCUGCAGGCUCAUAUAUUGAAUCAGCCCCCGGGCACACGGCUUCACAAUCUCUAUGGCCAGUACCUUCAGGAUGAAGGUAGACAGGGUAAAUUUAAACGGGACUUCAAAUUUUCAAACAGGAGGACAGUACCUUCAUAUUUAGCAGAGCAUGGUGACAAAGUUUUACUCGCUUUCCUGUUUGAAACAGGCGAGGUCGACGUCAAUUUCAAGGAUCAGGACGGACGGACGCCGCUAUCGCGGGCGGCAGGAAAAGGGCACGACGUCGUAGUUAAGCUGCUGCUCGAGAUAGGCAAGUUUGACGUCGACUUCAAGGAUAAUACUGGCCGGACGCCGCUCUUAUGGGCGAAAAGGGCACGACAUAGGCAAGCCGUUGUUAAGCUGCUGCUCGAGACAGGCAAGGUCGAUGUCGACUCCAAGGAUAAGGACGGAGGGACGCCGCUUUCGUGGGCGGUAAGGAAUGGGCAUGAGACCGUCGUUAAGCUGCUACAACUCGCACUCUAG